AUGCAGGCCGCCGUCCGCCGCUUUUUUCCCGUACCGGCUGGUGGUAUCUCUCGCCCAGAAUGCCGAGAGCUUGGCUGCAUAUAUAACCCACCCAUCGAUACAGUCCUUCAUGACAGCCCUUGCCGUGCCACUGGUCCAGUCCUCGGGGAAGACAUGGGUUGUUUAUCAGGUGCCCUGUCGCUUCGGUCCCUCUUCCCUGCUCGACAUCUCCCAUUCGAUUGGGCCUAA